ACACUCGAAGGUGAGGAAACUCGUCGCCAAAUUUUGCCUUGAAGAAGACGAAAACCCCUAAAUCCUCCAUUAAGGCGACCUCAAUCCUCUUCAGUUUCUAUCGGAGAGAUCGUGAUUGUGGCUCUGCGAACCUCUUGAAUCCGCCUUACCUUCACCAAAAAUGUUUAGGAACCAGUACGAUACGGACGUGACGACAUGGAGCCCGGCGGGGAGGUUGUUUCAGGUUGAGUACGCGAUGGAGGCUGUGAAACAAGGCUCCGCUGCCAUUGGUCUCCGAUCCAAGACUCAUGUGGUUCUGGCCUGCGUCAAUAAGGCUAAUUCUGAACUAUCCUCGCACCAGAAGAAGAUCUUCAAAGUCGAUGAUCACAUCGGCGUCGCCAUUUCCGGGCUUACUGCUGAUGGACGCGUUCUUUCCCGUUAUAUGAGAUCUGAGUGUAUCAAUUAUAGUUACACUUAUGAAUCUCCUCUUCCUGUUGGUCGUCUUGUAGUUCAACUUGCCGAUAAGGCUCAGGUCUGCACCCAGCGCUCGUGGAAACGUCCAUAUGGUGUUGGUCUGCUAGUAGGUGGUCUGGAUGAGUCUGGUGCUCACCUUUAUUACAACUGCCCCAGUGGGAAUUACUUUGAAUAUCAAGCUUUUGCCAUAGGAUCCCGUUCACAGGCUGCAAAGACAUACUUGGAAAGGAGGUUUGAGAACUUCAAGGACUCUUCUAGAGACGACUUGAUCAAAGAUGCACUGAUCGCCACCAGAGAAACCUUGCAAGGAGAAAAACUGACUUCCUCCAUAUGCACAAUUGCCAUCUUAGGAGUUGGGGAACCUUUUCAUAUAUUGGAUAGGGAAACUGUUCAGAAGUUGAUCAAUGAAUUCGAGAUCGUUAAGGAGGAUGACGUCCCUGCUGCAGAUCAGGAUAUCGAGCCAGAUCAGGGUGAUUCUGCUGCUGCUGCUGCCCCUGAACCAGCUGCAAGGACAGACCAAGGUAGUGCCCCGGAGCAAGGCGUGGCACCAAUGGACAUCUAACCCACAUCCCUUCCUCCUCCCCCGCUUCCUGGGUGUUGCUGUCAGGUUUGGUGGUUUGGUUCUUUAGUGCAGACAUUUUGAUACUUCUCUGUUGUGGCUUAAGUUUUCAAUUUUACAUUUAUGGAAGUUGUAUCAGACUGUUGAAAACGUGUUAUCACAACUGAUUAUGUUUUUCUAUUAUAUUAUUGGGAGAAGAACGUUGAGCUGA